AUGGCCACCACCGCGCAGUACCUGCCGCGGGGCCCCGGCGGCGGAGCUGGGGGCACCGGGCCGCUCAUGCACCCGGACGCCGCGGCGGCAGCGGCGGCGGCAGCGGCCGCCGAGCGGCUACACGCCGGGGCCGCUUACCGCGAAGUGCAGAAGCUGAUGCACCACGAGUGGCUGGGCGCGGGCGCGGGCCACCCGGUGGGCCUUGCGCACCCCCAGUGGCUACCCACGGGAGGAGGCGGCGGCGGCGACUGGGCCGGGGGCCCGCACCUGGAACACGGCAAGGCGGGCGGCGGCGGCACCGGCCGAGCCGACGACGGCGGCGGUGGCGGCGGUUUCCACGCGCGCCUGGUGCACCAGGGGGCGGCCCACGCGGCCGCAGCGUGGGCGCAGGGCGGCACGGCGCACCACUUGGGCCCGGCCAUGUCGCCGUCGCCGGGGACCGGUGGGGGCCACCAGCCCCAACCGCUAGGGCUGUACGCUCAGGCGGCCUACCCGGGGGGCGGUGGCGGCGGCCUGGCCGGGAUGCUGGCGGCGGGCGGCGGUGGUGCGGGGCCCGGCCUGCACCAUGCGCUGCACGAGGACGGCCACGAGGCGCAGCUGGAGCCGUCACCGCCGCCGCACCUGGGCGCCCACGGACACGCACACGGACAUGCACACGCGGGCGGCCUGCAUGCGGCGGCGGCGCACCUGCACCCGGGCGCAGGCGGCGGCGGCUCGUCGGUGGGAGAGCACUCGGACGAGGACGCGCCCAGUUCGGACGACCUGGAGCAGUUCGCCAAGCAGUUCAAGCAGCGGCGCAUCAAGCUGGGCUUCACGCAGGCCGACGUGGGGCUGGCGCUGGGCACGCUGUACGGCAACGUGUUCUCGCAGACCACCAUCUGCCGCUUCGAGGCCCUGCAGCUGAGCUUCAAGAACAUGUGCAAGCUUAAGCCGCUGCUCAACAAGUGGCUGGAGGAGACCGACUCGUCCAGCGGCAGCCCCACCAACCUGGACAAGAUCGCGGCCCAAGGCCGCAAGCGCAAGAAGCGCACGUCCAUUGAGGUGGGGGUCAAAGGCGCGCUUGAGAGCCACUUUCUCAAGUGCCCCAAGCCCUCGGCGCACGAGAUCACCGGCCUGGCCGACAGCCUGCAGCUGGAGAAGGAGGUGGUGCGCGUCUGGUUCUGCAACCGGCGGCAGAAAGAGAAGCGCAUGACCCCAGCGGCCGGUGCCGGCCACCCGCCUAUGGACGAUGUAUACGCGCCGGGCGAGCUGGGGCCCGGCGGGGGUGGCGCAUCGCCGCCCUCUGCGCCGCCGCCGCCGGCCGCGCUGCACCACCACCACCACCACACACUGCCCGGCUCCGUGCAGUGACCCCGCGGGCCGGGCCCCCGUCGGAAUGCGGCGAGGCGCGGGCGCACAGCCCGCUCGCGCGGCCUGGACUCUUUUUGUUCGGUCGCUUUGGAUUUUACAAAAAAAAAAAAAAAAAAAAAAAAA